GUCGGCGUGGGGCCCAAAUGGAAGACGCCGACGACCCUCGGGCGGUUUCAGGAGAAAGAGGCAGAGCGAGCGCGCGCGCGCUCCUCCGUUUCAGCAUCCCUCCCACCUGAAAUUUCAGUUGGCACGCGUCCACGUGUGUAAAUAUAGCCGCGGCUACUGACUUAACGUCUCGCAGUCACACUUUAGCUCCUCUCGCGUGCGCGAACACACUUUCUCCAUUUCAAAUUAAAAAAAAAACAAAAAAAAAAUAUAUGCGCACCACCGGUACCGCGGUGAGGUGGUUUUUGAAUGCCAACUGACAGACGUGACUGACGCGUCUGUCCAACUGACUCGUAAAAGAUGCCCAGAGCUUUCCUCAUGACGCACAAACGGUACCAUCCAGAGGGAUCCGACGGCAGGAAGGACGCGAGUCCCGAACAUUCGGUAAAUGUGGCGGAAAACUCUUCCGACCUGCACGCGUCGUCAUCGGAAAGCAGCUCCGAUUACCCCGAUGAGCUCUACAACUUGACCAAGCUCGCGGAGGUGGCGGUGGCCACCGGUCAAAUCAUGGAAAGAAGAGGCCACCGCGCAGACUCGCCGUGCUCCUACACGCAUAAACUGUUCGACAAAUCGUCGAGGGCAACUCGACACCACCACGGACCGCUAAAGGACGAAGAAAUGAACACAACCCUGUUCGAUAUGCCGGGGGGUCAGCAGGUCGCACCCACGCACACUCAGAAAAACGACGGCUCAUCGUCCGAUUCCAACGACCACGAAUGUUCGGAGUGCGGCAAAAGGUACAGCACGUCGAGUAACUUGGCGCGCCACCGGCAGACGCACAGGAGUCCGGCGGAUAAAAAGGCGCGUCGCUGUCCGCACUGCGACAAGCUCUACGUCAGCAUGCCGGCGUUCUCGAUGCACGUGCGCACCCACAACCAGGGCUGCAAAUGCCACUUCUGCGGCAAGUGUUUCUCACGACCGUGGUUGCUGCAGGGCCACAUACGGACCCAUACCGGCGAGAAACCCUUCCGGUGUACCAUCUGUAGCAAGGCGUUCGCUGACAAGUCCAACUUGAGGGCGCACAUCCAAACCCAUUCCAAUACCAAGCCGCACGUGUGCGGCCGGUGCGGCAAAGCCUUCGCCCUGAAGUCGUACCUGUACAAGCACGAGGAGUCUUCUUGCAUGAGGAUUAACGGAAGGCACUCGUCCAGAGAAGGCUCACCGGAUAAAGACAAAGCGAUCGCAUCGCCGACCCCAGUGAUUGUAUCGGCGGUGAGGCUCACAGACUCGGUCAUCCGCAGUACGGAGAACGCGGUUAGGUCACCGAUGCUCUACCGUUCGACAGUGAUAUCGCCGAAUCCGGAGCGUCUACUCUACUCCACCAUCAAGCACCCCUCUGUGAUCCUCAACGCGGCCGCGUUCACCCAGAUAAUGCAACAUCACCAAGAACAGCCGGUUGAUUUCUCGACUAGGGAUAAACCUAGUUGCGCACAGAAAAACCUUUACUCGUUGGGACUCGCCAUAGCGGUUUGAAUAUUAGAUUUUCGAGAGCAAUUCCUUGUAAAGGGACCAUUUUGAAUGGGCUUAGGUUUAGAAUAAAUUAGAAACUGUGAAUUCUAUUUGUGCCACAAGUAUUCGUUUUUAACGUUUUCCUAUGUUUAUGGUUAGUUCUAAAGCUGUUUUUGGUGCUUAGAUCUUAGGUUCCCAUUGAGCUCUUCACGGCAGCUGGUACUUAAUUUGUUAGAACUGUAGAUAGUAGAAAUGGUUCUACUAGGCUAAUUAAAGUUAGUAGUAUUAUUCUGUAGAGGAAUACUUAAUCGUAUGGUACUUUUAAUGGUUUGCUGAUAGAACACGUAGAAAUAGUUGGAGAAAACAGACUGGCUAAGGUAUCAGCAAUGUACCAUUAGCCGAUAACCGCAAUUAGAUAUUAAUUUUAUUUAUUUAUUUAUUUUUUCUCAACGACACUUGCCCAAAAGCGACCGAACUUUGCUAUUGGCGCAUUUCGUCCGAACGAAAAUGGAGUGCUGCUAGUCUUCUGUCAGAUUUCUUGACCGGCGCGACAAUUCGCCCUGUCAAAAAUCGAUUUAAUUUUACGUUUCUUUAUUUCGUAUGCUUUUUUUCUUUUUUAAUUUUACUUUUGUGUCAUUGUAUCGGCUAAUGAUAUCGAAUCCUAGUCACUAGAGUAAGUUUUUUUUCUAGGUUAGGUAGCGUUGUACAAAACGAUAAUGUUUUGGCGGCCGACGGUGCAAUAUUAAUUUAUCCGUUAACGUGUAUUUAAUUAUUUAUAGUACUCAUUCCUACUAUUAUUGUGUCGGUAGAAGUUUUCUUGUAAGUAGAGUCUCAUUCCUGCUACGAAACGGUAUUUAUAUGAAUAAUCUACGGUAGACUUUGUGUACUUUUAUACG